AUGGACAAGAUCAAGGAGAAACUCGCUGCGCUGCGUACAGAGACCGAUGCCGCUACAGCCAAGCAUGAAGAGGCUGCAGGACGCGUCAAGAUCCUUGAACAGGAAAACACGCAGAAGGAGCAGGAGAUUGCUAGUUUGACGCACAGGAAUGGUUUGUUGGAGGCUGAAGUGGAUAAGUUGGAACAGCAGGUCAAGGAGCUCAAGAACCAGGCUGAUGAUGAGAGUGGUACUCGCAACACGAAUGAAUCUCUUUCGCGCAAGGUGCAGCUCCUAGAAGAAGAGCUCGAAACGAACGACAAGAACCUGCGUGAGACGACAGAGAAGCUGCGACAGGUGGACGUCAAGUCAGAGCACUUUGAACGACGCGUGACUGGCUUGGAGCAGGAACGCGAUGCCAUUGAGAAGAAGUACGAGGAGUUGCUCGAGAAGUACAACACGACAAAGGCUGAGCUGGAUGAAGUGAUGAAGCAGCUUGAUGAUCUUUGA